CCUCUCUGGGGCUCAUGGUGUGCUUGCCCAGCUGGCCACACUCCAGCCUUCCUGGGAAGGUGUCUGCUCUCCCCACCUGCCCCCACUGGCUGUGGGACUUGCUCACCUGCACCACAGUCAUGGUUCAGAUGUUCCCUGAGCCCUGGGAACAUCCAGGUGGGCCCAGGCCAGGACUUCAUGGCCAUGUGGAAAAACUCUAGUCCCAAUAGAUCUGAAAAAUGUCUGAGCAUAGGAUGACCUCCCACCCCAGGAACUGGUGCCCAUCCCAGCAUGUCCAGCCCCACUGCUAACCCAGCUGUGUGCACACAACCAGCCUCCUGUGCCCUCCAUCACAGCCCUGUGGUGCUCUUCUGCUCUAGUUCCACAGGCUGCAGUCAGAACUAACACAACCCACGACAGCAAAAGCUCAAGCUCCCCAGGUGUCUUUUGACAGUACCUUCCCACAUCCCUCUUUGUGUGUGUGCCAGGCUUGGCCCGUCACUGCUGCCCAGAUAUGUCACAAGGCCAGAGGGGUACCUUGCCAGCUAUGAGCCACAUGGCUCCCUGGCUGCUAUAAAGCUUGUGGUGCCCAGGGGUUUAGUCUAUCUCCUUUCAGGAUGGCAUUCCCGUGGCUAGUUGCCUGCCUGGCCCUAGCCAGUGCCGUCUCAGGCUGUGGGGUGCCCACCAUCAGCCCCUCGGUGGCCUACAGUGAGAGGAUUGUCAAUGGGCAGAACGCUGUGCCCGGCUCAUGGCCCUGGCAGGUGUCCCUGCAGACCACCACAGGAUCCCACUUCUGCGGCGGCUCCUUGAUCAACCAGUACUGGGUCGUCACAGCUGCCCACUGCAACUUCAACCCGCGUGCCCACGUUGUUGUCCUGGGGGAAUACAGCCUUGCUGCCAACGGCGAGCCCGUUCAAGUGAAGACCGUGUCCAGGGCGAUCACCAACCCCGGCUGGAACCCCAACACCAUGAACAAUGACAUCACCCUGCUGAGGCUGUCCACGCCCGCCCAGCUGGGAUCCCGUGUAUCCACCAUCUGCCUGGCCCCUGCCAACCUGGUUCUGCCCUCCAACGCCUGGGCUGUCACCACAGGCUGGGGACGCACCAACCCCAACUCCCAAGCCUUGGCAGCAGUCCUGCAGCAGGUGACCGUGCCCCUGAUCCCCCAGAGCCAGUGCAUGCAGUACUGGGGCAGUCGCAUCACCAGCACCAUGAUCUGUGCUGGUGGGGCUGGUGCCACCUCCUGCCAGGGUGACUCUGGUGGACCUCUGGUGUACCAGACUGGGAAUGGCUGGACCUUGAUUGGCAUUGUCUCCUGGGGAACCUCCAACUGCAACAUCAACACACCGGCCAUGUACACUCGAGUCAGCCAGUUCCGUAACUGGAUCGACGCUGUUGUUGCUCAGGGGUAAAGCUGCUGCCAGCGUGAUCCCUUCACUGGGAUUAAUAAAGUAUCAGCUUUUUCU